UCCAUUCUUCAUUGUGUUCAUUUUUUUGCUCCUUUAAUUCAUUCCAAGCCUCUGUACAUACAUACACAUACAUACAUACAUCAUCAGUUGAUCAUUUCCAGUCCAGAAUUCUCUCAUGGAGAGUGUGGAGUUGAAGGUGGAGAUGGUUGGGAUACAUGAGAAGCGACUUAGGAAAUGCCUGUCCAAGUUGAGAGGGAUAGAAAAAGUGGAAGUAGAUGCAUACAGUCAGAAGGUGAUUGUAACAGGAUGUGUACACAGGAACAAAUUACUGAAAGCAAUCAGGAGAGGAGGAUUGAAAGCUGAUUUCUGGUCUCCCCAAAAUGAGCUCCUCACUGCUUAUGCCAGCGCCAGUUAUGGAAGCUUGAGAUUCAACAACUUCAACUUCAACUUGUUCUAGAAGAUAUUACAACUUUCUUCUUCUUUUUUCUUUUUUCUUUUUCUUUUUUCUUUUUCUUUUUUUUUACCCAUCUGAGUCACUGAGUUGUUUCAUGUGUGGGACUGGGAUGGCAUACCAAUUACCAAGGUUGUGUUUGUGAUUUUCAAAAUAUAUAUAUAUAUAUUUUAACUCU